AUGGCGACUCUCAGAUUUGUUGGUAAAGAUCCACUUGAUCCCGAUUCUUGGGAGAAGAGUUCAGGACCACUGCUACAGAAUGCAGAGCAGGGUGGUCCCUAUGGCCCAGGUCAUGGCAGCUUCUUGCAUUUCGACGACAUCACAGUCUGCCUGUUUCACGCUACAGACAAGGAUACCGAUGGUAAUCAGGGUCGCAAAUGUCGACUGCAGAGAGUGUUCUGGACGGAGGAUGGACCGUACAUGGGCCAAACUGUGGGGCAUACCACGAUCUGCGAACUUUUGCGGAGGACUCCUUGA